UAAUUCGAUAAAAAUAAAACUUCAACAGUUCAAUUUACAUGCGUAAAACAAUGCUAAAAUUCCGACGUAUCAAGCUGAACACGUAACAAAUACGAAGGUGUUCAUGUGCAGCAAAUAUGUCAACGCCAAAUAAAAAGUAUUCCACGGAGGACUUCAGUCACAUUAUACUGAACCAGAUUCAUGAAUUCUUUACAGAAGAACAAUUUUGUGAUUUCAAAAUCAAAGUUGAAGGGAAAGAAUUUCAGGUGCACAAGCUGGUUCUAGCGAGUGUGAGUGACUACUUCAAGGCAAUGUUGUCCCAUGACAUGAUGGAGACGAGACAGGACUGCACAGAGCUGAAGGGUGUCAGUCUGAAGGGCUUCCGGCCAAUACUCUCAUACAUAUACCAAGGGGUUCUCAACAUUAGCCUCGAUAAUGCUCAUGAUGUCAUAGCUGGAGUCACAUUUCUGCAAAUUCGACCAGCAAUUGACCUGUGUAUAAAGUUUGUCAAAGAGAAUAUGACAUUUGAAAAUGCCGAAGAAUUACUCAAAAUAGGAGAAAUGUUCUCUAUACCUGAUCUUCGGGGUUACUAUCGCAAUUACUUAUUGAGAAACUUUUUGAAAUUUGUUGAAUCUGAAACCUUUUUAAAAAUUGAUGCUGAAUCUCUAUCCAACUAUCUAUCAGAUGAUGCACUGGUGACAACAUCUGAGUCUAUAUUGUUUCAUCAUUGUAUGAGGUGGUAUAAUUAUGAUCCUGUCAAUCGUGAACCUGUUGCUCAUAAAGUGUUUGAGUGUAUACGUAUGUGCUCUGAUGGUUGGCCUUUAAUUCACUAUGCUGACAUGCAGGAUCUGUUCAAGAAAAAUGAAAAAUGUCAGGAUGUGCUCAAGUUUAAUGAAAAUUACUUGCACAAUGCAACAAAAAGGUAUUAUCUGAGUAACUGUAACAGAACUCGUACAAGAUCAGUGCGUAAGACAAUCGUUCAGAUCGGUGGGGUGAUGGAGGCGGACGAGAACUACGACUCAUUCCAGGACAUGCUCGCCAGCCCAUCAGCUGACCUGUGUGGCUGGAACAUGAACCACUUCUUCCAUCCGGACCUUAAGGCCUGGUUUCCACUGGGAAUUGUGGGACACUGGAUCUCGAGACUCUCACAUCAAAAGUUUGUUGAGGUGAAUGGAGAGGGUGUGAUGGUUGGUGGGUACGAGUAUCAUGUGGAGGGAGACCUGGUGAACAAGAUCGCCAUCGCAGAUGUGAGGAUGUUCACUGCACAGGGCAACUUCCAGUUCUGGGACAUGCCCAGUCUCCAACACCCCCGUGCUCGCCAUGCAGCAGUCUACCUCAAUGGUUACAUAUAUGCUCUGGGAGGCAAGGAUGACAAGCAGGUUCUGCGGUCAGUAGAGAGACUAGACUGUGAUAAAGAGACAUGGAGUUACACGCGACCCUUACCCUACAAACUGUACGACCAUGCUGCAGUCGUGUGCGGGGGAAAGAUCUAUGUGACAGGUGGUUUACAGUAUACAGUGAUUGAUCCUAAGAAAACAACAUGGUGCUAUGAUCCUGCAAUUGACAACUGGAAAAAGAAGGCUGACCUUAUUUCAGCCCGUGCUGGUCAUGGCAUGGCAAGUCUCAAUGAUCGUCUGUAUGUCUGUGGGGGCUACAACGGUCAUCGUGAACUCGGCAACCCAGAUGGUCAGCUGAGAUGCCUUGUUUCCAUGGAGAUGUACAACAUGCAGGCCAACCAGUGGACCAAACUGGCCAUAAUGAAGCAGGGAAUAUGCUUCUUUGAAAUGACAGCAAUGGACAAUAAGAUAAUAGUUCUAGGUGGCCUAGACUCUUCUGGCCGGCUGACACAGUACAUGCAUGAGUACAGUCCGACAAGAGACAAAUGGUGUGUCUUUGGGGAGAUGCCCAGACCACUCAAGAAUGCCAGUUGUGGAGCUGUGGUUAUCAAGUUGACAGACACUGGCUGUAUGGAGGAUGAGAUGGAUGACAUCAAAGACUUAUACUACAAUAUUUUUGAGGAACAUGAGUUGGCCAGCAUGACGGAGGAGCAGAAGAGGGAGCGUGAACGUUGUAUACGGGUCAUGGAGAACUUCUCUCCCGGUGACUACCUGCUUGACGAAGACUCGUACGACGAGGAUUACCCCCCUCUGUAGAGACAUCCAACGGUGUUGAUGAUUCUUACCAGCAAGACUUGUAUAAUGAAGACUUUCACCCGCCGUAAUAACAUCCAGCCUUGCCGACGAUCCUUGCUACAAAAUCAUAUGAUUAAUACUCUCUCCCCAACCCCCUCUGAAGGGAAACCCAUGUUUUAACUAUGGUGUCCAGCCUUCUAGACAUUUAUUACCAAGCCCUUGUGAUCAUGGUGAAGGGACACCCAGAUUUAAGGUUGUUUGUAACCCAGGCUUUCUGUGAUCGUUGCAUUCAGUGCUUGCAUCCAUCAACUGUUAUCAGUUUCAAGCUAAGAAGCAACUCAAAAGUACUUCCCCCGGUGCUAUGCAGUCUAUUAUUCUUUAUUGCCUGGUAGCUGAGCAUUUCCUUACAAUAUUUCAAAGCUUCAGUCUCAGAGUUCAUAUUGCCUUUGUUAUCCAUAGAGUGGGUCUAAGCUUUUGAAGGAAAUCAUGUAAUACUGAUUGUAUGUUUUAUGUAAAUACGAGGGCUGUAAAUUUUGUGGACAAGCUUUGUAUUUUUAAAUAUCAAUAUACUUGUGUAAUGUAGAAAGACACGGAUUUGGAUUUUUAUCCAAUUCAGGCCCAAAACAAAAGUUUUGUUACCUUGUACUGUUUUUGAAUGUGCCUCAUGAACACUCUCUAACUUACAUAAUAAGAUGAAGAAAACAGUCCAACUAUAGAGGUCUUAUUUGCAAUCAAAUGAUCUGGAUAGUUUUAUAAUAUAAAAUGAUGAAGAAAGCACACAAUGAGAUGAAGCAUAGCAAGAAUGUGGUCAUAUCACAGUCUUUGAAAUUAUUUCAUGAUGCCGUAACGUGUCAAAGUGCUGAGUGCCGAAAGGGGUGAACAUAAAACACUGCAUGUAGAAGGCCUCCAAUCAAUAUUUUUGAAUGACUUGUAUUCUUUUUCACAAUAUAUUGGAUGACAUUCUGAAUAUGUUAUAUGGUUUACAUUAUUAAUUGGUGGAAUGAAAUUGCUCCUGUCCACAAACUUUAAUAACAGCCCUAGUGUGUAUAUAUAUAUAUAUAUAUGUAUAAACAUGUGUUAAUGUGUUUAGAAGUGACCUUGUUAAUGAUUCUAUUUUGUUACGCUUAGUAUUGGCAUUUAUUUGGCCGAGAGGUUUGUAAAUUGUUAUUAUGACUGGAGUGAAGGGAAACAAUUCUAAAUUGUUUUGAAUAUCUUGGAACAACCAUUUAUGGCGUAAAUUUUACCAUGUACUAUUUACCGGGUACCUUACAGUGAAUUACUAAUUAUCAAUUAUUAAUUCUGCCUAUUUCUGCAAAUAUCUUAGUUAUUGGACAUUUUCUAGCAGUUAUUUAAUUGUCAUGGGUAAGUAGUUAUCGUGGUAUACAUGUUUAUAUGCAUUCCAUACAUAAUGAUCUAAAAUAAUUCACAGUUUGUAGAUUCCAAGCAAUAAUGCAAAGUUUUUUUAUUUAUUUGCCAUUUUGAGUAUGUGUACAUGUUUUUCAAUUAAAUAUAUGUUCUGCAUUAAAUCGCUUACCAUAGGCAUUUUACAAAAAGAUUAUUGGGUGCAUUUUGGGCCUAGAACUGUGAUGUGAUAUGUCAGAAUAUUUCCUUAUAAAGCAUUUAGCAAUUUGAGGUCUUGUGACAAAAUAUGGCUUUCGGACAUUUUAACUUACUGAUGAAAUAAGAAGUACCACUUGAUAUAAAGCCGUUAAAGGAAUUCUUUAACAUUUGACUUAUUUUUUUCAAUUUGUCAUUUAAUAAAGCGAUAGAGCUGUUGCAUAUUUCAUGCUACCAAAUUUAACUUUUAGACAGAUUUUAUAAUUAUAAAUAGUUGACAUGUUUCUACUUGUCCAAUGCAUUUAAAUACUUGUUUGUCUUAAAUAAUAUGUAGCAAUAACAUUCUGUGAAACAUUCAUAUUGUUUUUGAUAGGAAGAAACACCUGCAAACAGCUGUAUGCUGACGCCAUUUUCCUGACAUCAUUUUGUUUGACAACAAUAGCCCAAAUUGCUGGAUGUUCCUCCUAUAACUCAUAUGUUCAUGUAGAACUUUAUUUAUUGUGUUUACAUAAUUAUAUUCACCUAUUUUAUAGGGAUUUAUUACUAUUGAUGAUGCUGCAGUGACACAAUUCCCAGGCAAGAUUGCUAGUACACACUGGUCAUUAGUUGACUAUUUCCCAUUAUAUUAUUGCCUAAAACAACAUUUAAUACGAGGUAAAGAUCUCAGUGUAUUCUCUGUUGAGAUUCAAGAGUUUAAUAAAAGAAACUUGUAGAAUCUUCUUCUGCAAGAUUGGUAUUGCUUCAAUGGUGCUGAAACAAUACAAGAAUUUAUUAGAAUAGCAUUUUUAUUCAUUUUUUGUAGCCAAUAAACUUGAUAUACAUGUAUGUUCUACAUUGGAAUAUUAAGAUUUGUUUAAUGAAACUAUUGUUUAUAUCUAAAAUUGUCUGGAAACAGAUGUAUGCAUUUCAAAUAAAAGGAACUGAAAAUCAAAAUGUAUUUGUCUGCAU